AGCCGCUCUCCUCUUGUCAUUUCUGCUCAUACGACUCACAUGCCCGUGAACUCCACUGGGCUCAGUGCGCGCAUCUCUGCUCCAACUUCAAACCGGUCCCGUCAGCUUACUGAAAAGCAGUCGGCUUUCACGAUGGAUGCUUCUGUUUAUGAUAUCAUACUGGGGGAGCUCGAGGAGCUGAACUGUAGUUUGAUAGAGCAUUUUCAAGACACUUUUUAUGAAAACGCUUCAUUGGCUCUGCUGAGCGCUGAUGGUUUAUAUUGCAAUGUCACUACUGAUGAGAUUGGAACCUGCUGGCCGCGGAGUAGCACUGGCAGGAUUGUGGAGAGACCGUGCCCUGCUUACAUCAACGGAGUAAAGUACAACACAACGAGAAGUGCUUACAGAGAAUGCCUGGAUAAUGGUACAUGGGCAUUGAAGAUCAAUUAUUCCAACUGUGAGCCCAUUUUGGAGGAGAAGAGAAAAUAUCCCAUGCAUUACAAGAUAGCUCUGAUCAUCAACUACCUAGGCCACUGUAUUUCUGUGGGAGCUCUAAUCGUGGCCUUUAUUCUCUUCUUAUGCUUAAGGAGCAUACGGUGUCUUCGAAACAUUAUCCACUGGAAUUUGAUCACCACCUUCAUAUUGAGGAAUGUUAUGUGGUUCUUGCUUCAGUUGAUUGACCACAAUAUCCAUGACAAAAAUGAGCCUUGGUGUCGAUUAAGUACGACAAUAUACAACUAUUUUGUUGUGACCAACUUCUUCUGGAUGUUUGUUGAAGGAUGCUAUCUUCACACUGCUAUUGUUAUGACCUAUUCUACUGAUAAACUGAGAAAGUGGGUUUUUCUUUUCAUUGGUUGGUGCAUCCCGUGUCCAAUAAUUGUGGCGUGGGCUAUCGGAAAAUUGUAUUAUGAAAAUGAAAAAUGCUGGUUUGGUAAAGAGCCUGGGAAAUAUAUGGACUACAUUUAUCAGGGACCAAUUAUUCUUGUGCUUCUGAUAAACUUUGUUUUCCUCUUCAACAUAGUACGGAUUCUCAUGACCAAACUGAGAGCUUCAACCACAUCAGAAACAAUUCAGUACAGAAAAGCUGUGAAAGCUACACUCGUCUUGUUACCUCUGCUGGGGAUCACCUACAUGCUGUUUUUUGUCAAUCCGGGGGAGGAUGACAUCUCUCAAAUUGUUUUCAUCUAUUUUAACUCCUUUUUACAGGCUUUCCAGGGAUUCUUUGUGUCAGUCUUUUACUGCUUUCUAAAUGGAGAGGUCCGUUCUGCAGUGAGGAAACGGUGGCACCGUUGGCAGGAUAACCAUGCUCUUCGAGUGCGAGUGGCACGAGCCAUGUCCAUCCCCACAUCGCCGACCAGGAUUAGCUUUCACAGCAUCAAACAGACCACAGCUUUGUGAGCGUGGGAAUAAACUUUAUCCCUUCUGACAUGCUCAUCCACAGAACAGCCUUCAUGAUUUUGGUCCAGCAUUCCAAAUUAGGCUAAGUACUUCACAGUAAACUGCUUAGUGUUGUGUGUCUAAGUCAACAAGACACUCCUUUUUACUGCUGAGGUUUCAAAUGCUCAUAAAUUAGUUUGUUAGAAGAUGCAUUGUUUUAUGGAAAUGUACAGUGUGUAAAGUACAGGAUUUGACAUUCUUUGAAGAGUGUUUUGCAGCAAAGACAAGUCACCAUUCACCAACAAAGUAGGUCUUGCUAUGCUUUUUAUUUCUGUCAAAUAGCUGCUUAGUGGUUAUUUAUGGGAGGACAAGAAUUUAGCAGAAUCUGCAACUCAUACACUCAUAGACAGGACACUCUCGUUAUGCUGAAAGAGUGCAAUCAAUAAAACUUGAACUGUAAUUGACCACAAUGCAGCCACUUGUCUGCCAAAACAACCAUUUGUCUUGAAUAUGAUCAGAAACCUAACUUUAAAAAAAAAGAAAACAGUUAUUUUGGAUGGAGGUGGUAAAAAGGAAAAAGUUUUGUCUUAUUCUGUUCUGCUUUACAUGUUAUCAGGGCAUUUGUUCACACAAUUUCACUUUCACCUCUCCUGGUUAUUUGUUCCCAGCACUCUUAUUUCUCCUGUGUGCAAAAACAAACAAGAGGGUACCGACAGAAAGAAGAGUCUACUUCAGGACAUGUUUGAUGCCACUGGUUCCCCAAUCCCAAGUUAAAUCUCGAGUCCAGACAAGCAAAUCUAAGAUUAUAGUUAUUAUUUUAAGAAGUGAAAGUGAUUCUUAGCCAUUUAUGCAAUAUUUGCAUAUAGAGCACAAAGUGUUGUGCACGGAUUUAUCAUGCAUGUGAAGUGAAAGCAGAUUAAAUUCUUUUUGGCUUUAUGAAAUCCUCGUGGCUUUCUCAUAAUCAGUGUCACAACUAAGCUUUUGCUGCUGAAGAAGGGAAGCCUGAUGGAGAGGGAACCAGUCACAUCCCUAAAGACGCGCUUCGGUCAGGUCAGCGUAUUCUCUCAAUGUAAUGCCAGCUUUUACGUCUCACAAGGCUUAUCCCACAAAGUCAUGGAAACAGCCAUGUGUCUGCUUUGGUAUUUGCCCAAAAAACUUUUUGCUGAGGGAUUAAAAGAGGAUGAGAAUUAUUGGCUUUUUUGGAAGAGAUUACACAAAUAAAAAGCAUGUAUUUUAUUGAUGAUCUAAAAUGCUGAUGAUGUUUAAGCCUGACUCAUCAGAUCAUCUGCAUAAUUCUCUAGAGUUGUUGAAAAUAGAUUUUCAAAAAUAAGUGUAUUAAUUUUUGAAUUUCUGUUAAUACUCCAAAUAAACUCUUAGCAGUUUUCUGUCAUUUUGAUGCCACACAGUGCGUCAGUUAAAUAACAAAAUUUAUACAUGUGUAUCUCAGUACAUUAGAAUAUCAACUGAAGUUAUUUACAAUACAAAUUAAAUAGACAUUUUUUUAUUUAUAGUAUUUAUUUUUUGUUUGUUUUGAUUAUUAUGGUUUAUUGCUAGUGAAAACCCACA